AUGUUUUUUUGUAUUAUUUUUAAAAUUAUUAUAUUAAUUUGUAGUAUUUUAAUUAAUAAAACAUUUGGAAAUGAUAUAUAUUAUGACAGUUUACAAAAAGAUUUAUUACUGAAAAAAUUACUAAACAAUUUUCCUAUAUCUAAUCCUUUCACAAAUAUUAAUUAUGAUAAUAUUAAAUUUUUACAAGAAAAAUAUAAAAAUAGUAAUAAUUAUGAAGAUAAUAGUAAUAAUGAAAAUUUUAGUGAAAUUAAAAUGACCGGUAGAAUUAUUGAUAAUUUUUUGAUUAAAUUUGAAAAUAGUGGAAGUCUUGAAAAUUAUGAUAUAAUAGAUAGUAAACUUUAUAUUACAUAUGAUGUUCUUUCAAAUGAUAAAAAAAAUAUUGAAGGAAAGAUACAUGUUUAUGAUGUAAAAAGUUCACCUAAAGUUGGUACAUCUUUAGGUAGUACUUUUUUACACUUUGAUGAAUAUGAAAAAAAGGAUUUAACUAUGAUUAUUAAUUUAACUAAAGAAUAUUCACAUGAAUAUAUUAAAUUAGGAAAAAAAAAUCUUUAUAUGGUAAUUAUACCAAAAACAUUGAAUAGUUUUUUAAAUAUUACAAUAACUCAUGCUGAUAUUUUAAUGAAAGUUAUAAAUAAACAAAAUCGUAAAAAACGUCAUGACAAUGAAUUUUCUGCCUGUGAAAAUGAUAUAUCAAAAGAUUCAUGUUGUAUGAAGUCAUAUGAAAUAAAUUUUGAUGAUUUAAAGUGGGAUUUCAUUAUUGCUCCAAGAGUUAUUAAAACAAAUUAUUGUUAUGGUGAAUGUAGAAAAAUUAUUAAAAAAAGUACAAUUGGUAAUGUUUUAAGUACAAUGGAAAAUGAAAAUAAUAUUAAUUAUCGAAGUUGUUGUCAUCCAAUUGAAUACAAACCAAUUAAUGUAACUGUUUUUAUAAAUAAGUCUAUGGUUGAAACAAAAUUAAUUAAUGAUUUAUUAGUUAAAAAAUGUUCAUGUUACUAA